AUCUUUUCUGUGUCGCACAAAACAAUGUGUCCGCAACCUGCAGCGCUGGAAGAUGAUUUGGAGCUCAGUCGGCUUCAGCUUGACUGAUGUUUUGUGGUCUUCUCUGGCUUUAUGUUUCCUUGUAGCGUUUUGCGUUCACAAAAUCUCACCAUGCCUGCCGAGAAAAUAUGAAACAUGUCGUCUUUACAUGUUAUUUCAGGAUCUUAUUCGGUACGGAAAAACCAAACAAAGCCUCAAACGAGACGACUGGCUGCGUGUGUUUGAUGUCCCUAAAAGGUGGUUCUGGCACUUCUACGCGGUCUCUGUUGGCUGGAAUGGUUUUCUUCUGGCCUUGUACCUGAGCCUCAUAUUUCAGCAUCAGUCAUACCCAUCAUGGCUGACUGGCAUAUUAGACAUUUUGACAGGUGUACCAAGCACUGACAGUCAAGUCCCACAGCUGUCUACUCUACUGGUGCAGCUGCUGCUCUUCGCCCACUCCCUCAGGAGGCUGCUGGAGUGCCUGUUUGUCAGCGUUUUCUCUGAUGGGGCCAUACAUUUGGUGCAGUAUGUGUUCGGUGUGGGGUAUUACGUCGUACUGGGGUUGACGGUGCUCUGCUCGGAUCGUCUGGGAAAAGGGACAGGAAGUCUCCUCUCUCAGCUGGACUGGUUUCAUGUGGCUGGAAACGCACUUUUCAUUGGGGCCUCACUGAUGCAGCAUCAAUCCAUGGUCCUGCUGGCCAGGCUUCGCACUGGAAAGUCAGGAACAGUGGAGACGCUGGCUCACAGAGUGCCAAAGGGAGGCUGGUUCGAGCUGGUGUCAUGCCCGCAUUACUUCGCUGAGCUGCUGAUCUACGUCUCACUGAGCUUGGUUUUCGGAGGCCUGUCUCUUACCUGGUGGUUUGUUGUCCUUUAUGUGCUCUUCAACCAGGCACUGGCAGCACAGCUUUGUCACGACCUUUAUAUUAGCAAAUAUGAAUCAUACCCAAGGCAUAGAAAAGCAUUUAUACCUUUUGUUCUGUGAAUAGUUUGUUUGCAUUCCUUGGGAUCUGUAAAGUCACAGAAGAAUGUCAGAGAGGUCUGAGGAUCUGAGGGCGUAGGAGUAAAACUCCCCUCUCUCUCAGCAUUGACUGACAAGGUGCUCUCGACCAAGUGAAGCUGCUCAGUACCUUCAACAGAACAAUACUGAAUGUGGUUGAACAGCUCACAAGUGUGAAUGUGAGAAACAUUCUUCCACAACAAAGGUCUCUCCAGGUGAGAGGUGAGCUGUUUUCUUAGAGACUGAUGUGAAGAAUGUCACCACAAAUCACUUCUUCAUUACGAGAUCUUGUUUUGGUUAAAAUAAGAUACAUUCAUGAAAUAAUGACAAUUACAACACGAAAAUGUAUGUUAUGUUGUUAAAAUGGGAACUUUAAAAUGUUUCUUUAAUAAAAAAAGAGAAAUUGA